GAAGAGUAUCGCGAGGAGAUUCGGCAUUAUAUGCACGAUAUGGAGAGAUUUACAAUGUCAUCAACACAAUCAAUGGAUCAGCAGCCGGAGAUCAGGUGGCACAUGCGACCGUGUCUUGUUGAUUUCCUUGUUGAAAUCCACUUCACCUUCCGAUUGCGACCAGAAACUCUCUACCUCACACUCAACAUUGUGGAUCGCUACGUCUCACGACGCAUUGUCUACAUUAAACACUAUCAGCUAGUAGGCUGCGCUGCUCUAUGGAUUGCAGCCAAGUUCGAAGAUGCCAAGGAGCGCGUACCUACGGUGCAGGAUCUUGCGCAGAUAUGUCGGGAUACAUACGAGGAAUCUGCAUUCAUCCAGAUGGAAGGACAUGUCCUGUCAACUAUUCAAUGGACUCUGGGGCACCCUACUGCUGAAGCGUGGCUCCGACUUAUGUGUUGCGGUCCGUGUAUGGAGGAAGCGAAGGUACAGCACGUCGCUCGUUUCUUGAUGGAGAUAACUCUCUUCUAUCGUGAAUUUGUCAAAUACUCUCCGUCAACAAUCGCCUUGGCAGCCCUCACUUUGGCGAGGUAUCUCUGCGGUAAACCUCGUCGGGUUUGGGAAGAAAACGAAGAAUGUAUCGAGGUUGUUGAAUACCUUGAUAACCGCUUGGCUAUGCACGUCAACGAUCUCUCCGAAACGCUUGUCAAGAAGUAUUCAUACGCCUUCUAUUCGAAAGCUGCUACAUUCGUUGUUCAACACUAUUUGCAGGGUGGCCGCUUCGUUCGCCACACCCUAGCUUCUCUUCCU